AUGGCCGGGGACUUGGUGGUCGGGAUGCUGUACAACUUAUUGCUGCCACUCACCCUGCUAGCUGGAAACACGGGACAAUUCCUGCGGAGGAUCAUCUAUACUAGUUUGAUGUUCCUCAUGCUACAAUGCUUCAUGCAGAUCCCAUUCGCCUACAUCACCCCACAGGUUAGUGGCUACUGGGAGAACUUCCUCUACCAUGUGGGCAUUGUGAGAUUCAGUUCGGUCGAUCCAGGGAACAUUGUCCGCCUCCUGGCACCCGAUGUGGGGCUUCUAGUCUCCACUCUCUCAAUACAAAGACUCUGCAAAAAGCUACUACGAGCUGCACCUCAGGUCAACCUCCAUGAAAAUGGGAUCCCUCCCUCUGACUCUGAGGACCUGGAGACCUCUGACACGGAGUCCGAAGGAGCGAGUGAAUCCUCUGACAGCUCAGAUGAGAGCACGGUGCCGGUUGAAUCCGUUCCACCUCAGUUUGUUCAGAAGCUGCUGAUGUUUGCGGCCGGCUUUAGACUACUGUUAUCAGCCAUCAUGAACACAGCAGGGAAAGUGGUUGUCACUUUGCUAUUGGGACUAGCAGGUAUCAUUCUUCCGUCCCUCACCUCUGGUGUAUAUUUUGGGACAUUCCUCGGACUGGUGUGGUGGUGGGUGAUUGGCAGAUCAAUGAGUCUGCUUCUAUUCAGCGCCCUCUGUGUGAUGAUGACCAUCUUCAGUGGAGGGCACCUUCUAGCGCUCUACGUCUACCAGCUGCCCCUGUCCCAGCAGAUGGUGCCACCUGAUGAUAUAUAUGCAAGGUUGUUCGGAAUGACAGGAGUGAUUCGAACCAACAGUUCUGACCCACACAUGCUCGGUUUGCAGCCCAAUGUUACCUGGCCUGACUUCAUCAACCCUUUUGUCCUGCUGCUGCUGUAUUACACUCUGGUUACGCUGCUGCACAAAUGGGUCCAUAUCACAGAGGAGACAGAGAGCCAAAGUGAAAUGGAAAGGACGGACCAGUCCUUGGCAAGUCUUACCGAAAUGACUCCUCCCGACUCAGGGCCAAGUGGUUUGGUCAUCUUUGGUAGACUGAUCCAAAAACACAGCUAUGUCAGCGGCCUCAUCAUCAUGAUGGUGUGGAGUAUCACCUACAACAACUGGCUGACCUUUGCCCUGCUGGUAUGGUCCUGCAUCAUCUGGAUGAUGCGAGACCGACGGCGAUACGCCAUGAUGUCGGCCCCUUUCCUGGCUGUAUACAGCACCGUCCUCGUGGUUUUGGGCUUUGUCAGCGGGUUGCGCCUGAGCCGGGCUGAGCUGUACCCGGGUCUGCCCCCGGCUGUCAUCGUGGAUUUUGACCUGAAUAGUUAUCACCCUGCACCCUGCAUCCACUUGGGACCUAAGGUUUUCUACAGCUUCAGCUUCUGGUUGAUGUUUCGUCAGCAGCUGCAGGAAAGACAAGAGGAGCAGAGGCUGAAGGCCAGCUCACUUGAUGAAGUCAAAGUUAUUCAACCAGAAGAAAACCAGCCGUCACCAAUUGUGGCUAUGCUCAUCUCAGGAGUGAAAGGGGUCCUGGUUAAAUACUGGAUCCUUUUCUGUUGCUCCAUGUUCUUUGUGGUCAGCUUCUCUGGAACGGUGGUUGUCUACAAGAUUCUUUACAUUGUUCUCUUCCUCUCCUUCGUCGUCCUGUACCAGGUUCGUUUUGACUUGUGGCGUCGCUACCUGAAGAUGUUCUGGGCGGUGGUGGUCGGCUACUCUAUACUGGUGUUAAUCGUCAUCUACAUGUACCAAUUCCGAAGCGUGUCCGCACUUUUCCGACAGAUCAUGGGCAUGUCCGAGGAUGGUCUUCGAGAUCUGGGUUUGGAACGCUUUGACACCGUGGAGCUUUUUGCCCGUAUCCUACUUCCCGCCGCCUUCCUAUUGGCUUGUAUUCUCCAGCUGCAUUACUUCAACUCCGACUUCCUGAUCCUCAGUGAUAUCGACAAUGUCCCCGUCAGACAAGUGCCUAGAGAAGACGAACUCAGAAAUUCAGUCUUCAUGAUUUCUGACCUUAUUAAACAAGACAUUGAAAAGCUCCGGGAAAGACUUCUGAAGGAGAACAUAAGCAGUGGGAAAAGCCAAGAGACUUUGGAUAUCAUUGAACUCCAGAUGAGCUCAGAAGCAGGUGGUGAGGAGGGACAGAAAGAAAUGAAGGAAGAAGACACUAUGGCCAGCAGUUGCGAGGACAAGUGGGUUGUGAUUGUGAACCGGGCGAGCCUUCUGCUCAUUCAGGCUGUCUUAGGCCUGCAGAAACUUCAAGAGCUGAGUUGGAGACUAAUGGAGCUCCAUGGCUUCAAAGUAGUGUCUUCUGGCAUCAUCUGGGUGUCCUUGAAAGAGGUUUCUCUCAUGAACUUUCUCUUCCUGGUUCUAUGGGUCUUUGCGAUCCCGUUUCAACGGUUACGGCCCACGGCAUCCAGCGUGUCCGCCGUGUGGGCCUGCGUCAUGGUGGUGUGCAAGAUGUUUUACCAGCUGAAGGUCAUCAAACCCCUCGAUUACUCCUCCAACUGCACAGCAAACCUGGUCUCAUCCAACUCCUCGACCCUGGAAGUUGGCAUGGAAAUGACGGGGAACAUGAUGGAACUGCUGAAGAGAUCCGUCCUCUAUAUGGAGCCCGUGGAUCCCAUCUACUGGUGUGGCGCCCUGCUCAAGUGUGAAGGAAGAAUUCUUCCCUGCCUCAGGAAUCAUCUGAUGGUGUUGGGUCUGCUGGCGUUUGAAGCGACUGUCCACCGACACCAGGUCUAUUUCCGUCUCCAUAACAACCUGAAGCCGCCACCCUUCAGCAUCCUCUUCCACGGGAUCACCAGGCAGCACCUGGACCAUGGCAUCCGGCCCUGCAUUAAAUACUUUGUCAAUUUCUUCUUCUACAAAUUUGGGCUAGAGAUGAGUUUGAUUGUGGCGGUGAAUGUGAUUGGUCAGAGGAUGGAUUUCUACGCCUUGCUUCACUCUGGCGCUUUGAUGGCUGUUGUGUCGCGGCGACGCAGGAAGGCGAUCGGGGAGGUGUGGCCUAAAUACUGCUGCUUCACAGCCGGCCUCAUAGUGCUGCAGUACUUAAUCUGCAUCGGAAUCCCUCCUGCUCUGUGUGUUGAUUACCCCUGGAGGACUGCAGUUCAACCUUUGACCUCAAAUGUCAUCAAAUGGUUUUAUAUGCCAGAUUUUGCCAUGAGUCCUAAUCCCUUAUUCAUAUUCUACGACCAUCUGUUGCUGCUGUGCUCCUCCUUGCAGUGGCAGGUGUUUGAGGAGGAGAAUCGGGCAGCGGUGCGACUGCUGGCUGGCGAUAACGUGGAGAUCAGCCGCAGUCUUGACCCCAGCUGCUGCAACCAGUUCAUACCUGUGGACAACUUCCUUCACUGCAGGUCUUACCUUGACAUGGUGAAGGUGUUCGUAUUCAGCUACUUCUUUUGGCUGGUGCUGUGCCUCAUCUUCAUCACGGGCACCACUCGCAUCAACAUCUUUUGUAUGGGCUACCUGGUGGCCUGCUUCUACUUCAUGUUGUUUGGAAGCAGUGUGCUGAUGCAGCCUGUCAAAUACAUCCUGCGCUUGUGGGACUGGCUCAUUGGCUACACAUGCUUUGUGAUCGCCAUGAAGAACCUCCUUUCUCUCGGCUCCUGUGCCUACUUGGGCCGCCUGUUGAAAAAUGGCUGCUGGUUAAUUCAGGCCUUCAGCAUGUUCUGCACCAUAAAAGGCUACAAUGUCCCCGAGCCGGAUGACGAGUGUGAGUUACCCGAAGGCGAGGCCGGCAUCGUGUGGGAUGCAAUCUGUUUCACCGUCCUAUUAGCACAGAGGAGGGUCUUCCUCAGCUACUACUUCCUCUAUGUGGUGGCAGACCUCAAGUCUGCCAAGAUAUUGGCCUCCAGGGGUGCUGAGUUGUUUGAGGCCAAGGUGAAAAAGCAAGUUGCAGCCCGGUUGGAGAUGGAGAAGAAAUCUGUGGAGACACUGAAGAAACAGAUGGAGAAGAUCAAAUCCAAACAGAGGAGUCGCCCAACGCCAGCAGACAAAGAGGGGCUUCCGCUUGAUCAGAGGCCUGAGACACUGGAUAGAGAUGGACAGACUGAUCAAUGUCUUCCAGAUGAAGAGGAAAAGGCAAAGAGGGAUGCAGGAAAAUGGUGGAAGCCUUGGGUCUCACGGCCUGGAGUGGAAAACAACUGUGGCUACCAUCUGUUUGAGAGUGACAGUGAAGAGGAGGAAGAGGAGGAUCCAGAGAAGAAAGAGGAGGAACCCCCAAAGAAGAAAUCUGCUUUUCAGCUGGCUUACAAUGCCUGGGUCACCAGCUCUAAAACAGCUUUGAAGGACCUGAGCAGAGAGAAGAGGCGAAUGAAGAAAGAGCAGAAGAAGAGAGAAAAGAGAGAGCUUCAGACACAGCAGAGUGUUGAUCGAACCGACUCAAGUGAAGAUGAACUUGAGGAAAGCACAGGAAGAGAGGAAGGCGAAGAAGAUAAAGAAAACAUUUUACAGCGCCUCAUUAGCACUUUGAAAUUCGGCUUUGCGUUCCUGCAGUCGCUUCUCGAUGACCUCACUCAGGGUCUCAACUCCUUCUGCAAAGAUAACCUGGACAUUUCCAAAGUGUUGCUCUUUGAGAGAGCAUUACUUAGCCAGCAGCAGAAGAAGGGCAAAGAGGUGAGCCAGCAGAGCGUGAAGCGGUAUUACGAGAGCUGGUUAUCCCGUCAGAACACAUCAUCCUCCCAUGGAGACCCAGAAGACACUUUGCCUCCUCCCUCACCGCCAGCUGCUCCGCCCACCUCCCGCCACGCCUACGUCAAACUCAAGAGCCAGGCCUCCAAGAUGUCCUGGGCUAGCAGCAUCUCAAGCUGUAUGACAGAGGAAACCAUGCUGGGCUCCCGGCAGCCAACCCAGGAGGAGCUCGAUGAACCUCCAGUGGCGGCGGCUGCCACCCAUCUCAGAAAGAGACUCCUGAAAUCUGCCAAUGUUGACUGGAGCUCUUAUGAUGCUGAUGACGUCUCACCGAGCAGCCUUGAGGCAAACCCCGUUCAAGAAAAAUUGUGUGUAGAAGAAGAUGAAAAUGAAAAAUGGCAUGAACAAGAGGAGUCUGAUGAAAUGAAGCAACAAGAUGAGGGUGUGGAGUGGGCGGAGUUAGAUGAUAAAUUCCAGCAAAUUCAGGAAGAUGAUGACCCAGAGUACCCAGAAUGCGCUUCCCUUUCCUCCAAGGAGGAAAUCACAGAAAUAAGUAUGGAUGGCUCUGAUUUUCCAAGACCAUUAAGUCAGGAAAGUAGGAACCUCACUGCCAGCGAGUUGCUGCUCAACAAAAUUUUUGAGAAUGAUGAGAUCUCAGAGUCGGACAAGUUUUUCCUGACACUUCCAAGGCCACUGAAGCUCAUCUUUGCCCUCUACAACACCAUGGUGUCUAAAUCAGAGAUGUUGUGCUACUUUGUCAUCAUCCUCAAUCACAUUGUGUCGGCGUCGCUGCUCUCCCUCAUCCUGCCCAUCCUCAUCUUCAUGUGGGCCAUGCUGUCUGUGCCAAGGCCAACCAAACGCUUUUGGAUGACUGCAAUCAUCUACACUGAGCUCAAUGUGGUGGUGAAGUACUUCUUCCAGUUCGGUUUCUUCCCCUGGACCACCUCAGCUUACCGAGGCAUCAAUGCUGAACGCCCCUUUGCCCUGCCCAACAUCAUCGGGGUGGAGAAGAAGGAUGGCUACGUCCUCUUUGACCUCAUUCAACUGCUUGCUCUAUUCUUCCAUCGCUCCAUUCUCAAGUGUCACGGGCUGUGGGACAACAAGGAAGUGGAGAUGCCCGAUUUCUUCAAGAAGCUUAAGAAGAAGGUGGACAAGAAGAAAAUUACAGGAGGAGAAAAGGAGAAACAAACACGCCGACUCAAGUUCCUCCCUCUCCAGUCAUCCACCACCUCCAUCUUACAGAAGCUGAAGAGAGCAAACUCUGCAGAUGUCAAGCCCAAGAGGGAGAACAGCAAGAAGAGACGAGGUCGGCAAAAACAACCUCUGACGAAGAGACAAAGGACCAGGCAGCUGAUCAGAGAGAGGAUGCUGCAGGUUAAAACCACCAUCAUUGAAGUGGCCCUUCACAUCUACUUACCCAUAAGGCAGUUUUUCUACGACAUCAUCCACCCAGAUUAUAGUCCCGUGUGUGACGUCUACGCCCUCAUGUUUCUCAUUGAUGUCGUUAACUUCAUCGUGACCAUAUAUGGAUACUGGGCCUUUGGGAAAUACUCCGCGGCGACUGACAUCACAGAGUCCCUGUCUGAGGACCAAGUUCCCGAAGCCUUCCUGGUCAUGUUGCUCAUCCAGUUCGGUACAAUGAUAGUGGACCGGGCCCUCUACCUGAAGAAGUCUCUGCUGGGAAAGUGCGUUUUCCAAGUGGUGUUGGUGUUUGGCAUACACUUCUGGAUGUUCUUUAUCCUACCCGGGGUCACUGAGAGGAGAUUCAACCGUAACCCUGUGGCCCAGCUGUGGUACUUUGUCAAGUGUAUUUACUUUGGCCUAUCGGCGUAUCAGAUCAAGUGUGGCUACCCAAAUCGCAUCCUGGGAAACUUCCUCACCAAGAACUUCAACUACCUCAAUCUCUUCCUCUUUCAAGGGUUUCGCUUGGUCCCCUUCCUGACGGAGUUAAGGGCCGUGAUGGACUGGGUCUGGACCGAUACCACUCUGUCCUUGUCCAGCUGGAUCUGUGUGGAAGACAUCUAUGCCAAUAUAUUCAUCCUCAAAUGCUGGAGGGAGUCUGACAAAAAAUUCCCCCACCCACCAGGACAGAAGAAGAAGAAAGUGGUGAAAUAUGGCAUGGGAGGAUUCCUCAUCUUUGCUCUCAUCAGCAUCAUCUGGUUCCCACUGCUCUUCAUGUCUCUCAUCCAAUCAGCAGCCGGUGUCACAAAUCAGCCUGUUGAUGUCUCCAUACAGCUCAGUAUUGCCGGAUAUGAGCCUCUCUUCACCAUGAGUGCCCAGGAGCAGAACUUGGUUUCAUAUUCAGAAGCAGGAUUCAACCGACUCACCAAAAUCUAUGCAACCUACCCAUCUGCUAUGCAGUUCAUAAUGAACUAUGAGGCGGAAGACAUUAUUGUUGCAAAGAUCAAGAGUGAUGCCAGUCUGCUUUGGAGCAUCAGCCCUGCCAGUCGUGAGGCCAUGAUUGAAGAACUCAGCAACUCCCCUCAUUUACACAUGACGCUGCGCUGGACACUGCUCAGAAAUGCCUCCAUAUCAAUGAAUGCCGAGACGGUGGGGGAACACACGGUGAAGUUUGAGGACAAGGCCUUGAAGGAAGGAAUAGUCCACAUGCUCAAAGGCAACAGCAGCAAACAUGUGAUCAUUAACUCUCUGCUGCCCAAGUUCCUCAGAGGUCCCAAAGGACCAGAGUCCAAAAUGGCCACCAGGAUGAAUGUAGGCCAGACCGACCGUCCAGAACUCCUGUCUUUCUUCAAACCCCUGGCUAUCAAACUGCAAAAGGUCAACCAGACUUCGCAGCGGGAAGCAGACCAGUGGUGGGUAGUACAGGAGUGUACUCCAACACUCGUCUCAUCUGACCACAAGUGUGACAGCAUUGAAAUCGUGGUGUUUAGUGACAAAGUCAGUCCAUCCAGUCUGGGCUUUUUAGCUGGACACGGCAUUGUGGGCCUCUACAUGUCAGUGGUGUUGGUGAUCGGCAAGUUCGUCAGGGAAUUCUUCAACGGCAUCUCGCGCUCCAUCAUGUUCGAGGAGCUGCCAUGCGUGGACCGUGUCCUCAAGCUGUGCACGGACAUCUUUGUGGUGCGCGAGACCGGAGAGAUGGAGUUGGAAGAGACUCUCUUUGAGAAGCUCAUCUUCCUUUACAGAUCCCCUGAGACCAUGAUCAAGAUGACCAGAGAUAGGGAGAACUAGAGUGGGGAACUUUCUGCUCUUCAAUGGACACACUUUCACCCGUUGCGGAAAACUGACAACUGUUCUGCACUCAAAUAGAAAAAUAGUGGAUAUUUCUGUGUGUCGACUGUGGAUAACAAUGUGGGACUUGCACAAAGCAAGAUGAAGCGUACCUGAUAAACAGUAGAAAAACGUUGAACACGAACACUUCAGGUGUUUUCAUCAUUAACCCAAAAUACGAAUGACCGGGUGGUCUACCGGAUGCCCACUUGAUUGCAUGCAUUUCUGAUAGGGAUUGAAAGUGAUAAUCAAUGACAUGACUAACUACUUUUAUUUUGUAGAUUGUAUGCCACUAAUUACACAAUUGAACUGAGGCAAAAUGGAGUGUCUUUGCAUUUUCCUCCAUUUAAAAUAUGCACACAAAACAAUGUUAAAAUUUCCCCAUGCUCUGUUAAGGAAAUAUAAGUCAAAUGCCCUACCUUAAUUUCUGUUAGGAAUUGAUUGGUAUUUUUUUAAACAAAAAACGCAGGGCCUUAAUUCCUGGUUUUGGAUUUCCUUUGUACAAACCUUUGAACUGCAGGUCUUACACAUUUAAAUACAUUUUCAAAGUUUAAAAUGUUAACAAAAUUAUUUGUUCCAAGUUUUCAUCAGUUGUAAAAGCAUUUCAAAACAAAUUAAAGAAAAUAAUACACUUUGAAUGAAGCUCCUUUCAUAUAACUUUAAUUACAUAUAAUUUGGAAGAAAUUGCCAUUCUGUUGUUAUCCCGUCUCUUCAAGACACCACAGUGUCCUCCAUUUUUUCAGACAGUUGCAAGAAAUGGUCUACAUCACAGGAACACAUCCUGCAGAGGCAGAAAGGGAAAUGAAAUGCAUGCCCGGAACAGAACAUGAAAUACAAAUCCACAAUUGUGACUACAGGUUGAGGCUACCUUGACUAGUAGUUUGCAUGAAAUGCAGAAAAAACAAGACCUCAGUCUUUACUAAUGCUCAAUCAAAUCAUUUGUUCGAUACAUGUUUUUAAACUUUCAAACCAGAAAAUUUUGAUUAGGCAUACUGCCCAUCACAAUACGUUUACAACAGACGCUUCAUUAGGAACACAUGCACAAGUUGUCACAGAUCUGUGGUUAAAAUAAACAUCUUACAAAGGA